AACAGUUAUUCGAAAUUCCAUCUAACAAUCCAUAACGGCUUGCCUUAGGGUACUUCUCAAAGCCUCCCAGUGUUUACUUGCUCAGUCCACUUUCAUCGGCCGCCGGCGGCCAUCUCCGACGUCGUUUUCUUCUUCGUACUUUAAUCUCCGUCGCUGUAUUUUCUCUUCUAAAUCCGAUACUAUGGCUGACUCGUCGGGUAAAUCACAAGAGACUGUGAAAAAUUGUAAAACGGAGGCGGCGGCGGCAGCAUCAGACGGAAAGGAAUUAACCCCAGAAGAGCUCGAAAAGAAAAAGAAAAAAGAAGAAAAGGCUAGAGAGAAAGAGUUGAAAAAACUCAAGGCCGCCCAAAAAGCGGAAGCAGCAAAAAAGGCACAGGGCGCCUCCAAUGUGUCAAAGGCUGCUAAGAAGAAGAGCUCAAAAAGGGAAGGUGAAGAGGAAAACCCUGAGGAUUAUGUUGAUCCAGAAACACCUCUGGGGGAGAAGAAGAGGCUCUCCCGUCAAAUGGCAAAGACUUUUAAUCCCAGUGCUGUAGAGAAAUCGUGGUAUUCUUGGUGGGAGAAGUCCAAUUUCUUCGUUGCAGACCCGAACAGCUCUAAACCACCUUUUGUGAUUGUCUUGCCCCCACCAAAUGUGACUGGUGCUCUCCAUAUCGGACAUGCACUCACUGCUGCCAUCGAGGAUACAAUUAUUCGUUGGCGGAGAAUGUCCGGAUACAAUACCUUGUGGGUGCCAGGGAUGGAUCAUGCUGGGAUCGCAACACAGGUUGUUGUGGAGAAGAAGAUUAUGCGGGAGAGGAAUUUGACUAGACAUGAUAUUGGGCGUGAGAACUUUGUAUCUGAAGUCUGGAACUGGAAGAAUGAGUAUGGGGGUACUAUACUGCAGCAAUUACGUCGCUUGGGUGCGUCACUUGAUUGGUCUCGCGAGUGCUUUACCAUGGAUGAGAAAAGGUCUAAAGCUGUUACUGAAGCAUUUGUGAGACUGUCCAAUGAAGGUCUUAUAUACAGGGCUCCACGUAUGGUGCAUUGGGAUUGUGUCUUGCGUACUGCAAUAUCUGAUAUUGAGGUCGAAUAUACAGAUAUCAAAGAGAGGACACUUCUGAGUGUUCCUGGAUAUGAGGAGCCUGUGGAGUUCGGGGUGCUGACAUCAUUUGCUUACCCCUUGGAAGGUGGCCUUGGUGAAAUUGUUGUGGCGACUACCAGAAUUGAAACAAUGCUUGGUGAUACUGCAAUUGCUAUACAUCCUGAAGACAAAAGAUACAGUCACCUUCAUGGGAGAUUUGCUAUUCAUCCAUUCAAUGGACGAAGGCUUCCAAUAGUUUGUGAUGAAAUACUUGUAGAUAUGAAUUUUGGGACUGGUGCUGUUAAGAUAACUCCAGCCCAUGAUCCAAAUGAUUUCGAGGUUGGACAGCGUCACAAGCUUGAAUUCAUAAGCAUUUUUACUGAUGAUGGGAAUAUAAAUAGUAAUGCGGGCCCAUACUUUGAAGGAAUGCCUCGUUUCAAAGCUCGUGUCGCUGUGACUGAAGCUUUAAAGGAAAAGGUAUCUUCAUAACUUCUGUACUGUAUUAGCGGUAAAUGAAAUGGUAGUGGACAACGUGCAUGUAUUGAUACAUAGAAAUUUGUUCUAAUUUAUGAUCAUUUAUGAGGUCUUGCAUUUAAGAGAUC